AUGGCUGCUCUCUCCACUCCCCGGCGCAACUGGUGUGAGGGAGGAAGGGAGCAAGAGCAGGGAACAAGGGCAAGGAGUGACUGGGAGCACGUGCACGGUGCCCCUGUUGCUAAGGAGCAAGAACAGGGAGGGCAGGAGCAAAGGACGCUAAGGGAGGGGGACAGAGGGAACACAUCCGCGUUGAAACACGCCAAGGAGUGGCAUAAACACACCAAGGAGUGGCAUGAACACGCCAAGGAGUGGCAUGAACACGGCAAGGAGUGGCAUGAACACGCCAAGGAGUGGCAUGAACACGCCAAGGAGUGGCAUGAACACGCCAAGGAGUGGCAUGAACACGCCAAGGAGUGGCAUGAACACGCCAAGGAGUGGCAUGAACACGCCAAGGAGUGGCAUGAACACGCCAAGGAGUGGCAUGAACACGCCAAGGAGUGGCAUGAACACGCCAAGGAGUGGCAUGAACACGGCAAGGAGUGGCAUGAACACGCCAAGGAGUGGCAUGAACACGGCAAGGAGUGGCAUGAACACGCCAAGGAGUGGCAUGAACACGCCAAGGAGUGGCAUGAACACGCCAAGGAGUGGCAUGAACACGCCAAGGAGUGGCAUGAACACGCCAAGGAGUGGCAUGAACACGCCAAGGAGUGGCAUGAACACGCCAAGGAGUGGCAUGAACACCCCAAGGAGGGGCAUGAACACGGCAAGGAGGGGCAUGAACACGCCAAGGAGUGGCAUGAACACGCCAAGGAGUGGCAUGAACAUGCCAAGGAGUGGCAUGAACACGCCAAGGAGUGGCAUGAACACGCCAAGGAGUGGCAUGAACACGCCAAGGAGUGGCAUGAACACGCCAAGGAGUGGCAUGAACACGCCAAGGAGUGGCAUGAACACGGCAAGGAGUGGCAUGAACACGCCAAGGAGUGGCAUGAACACGGCAAGGAGUGGCAUGAACACGCCAAGGAGUGGCAUGAACACGCCAAGGAGUGGCAUGAACACGCCAAGGAGUGGCAUGAACACGCCAAGGAGUGGCAUGAACACGCCAAGGAGUGGCAUGAACACGCCAAGGAGUGGCAUGAACACGCCAAGGAGUGGCAUGAACACCCCAAGGAGGGGCAUGAACACGGCAAGGAGGGGCAUGAACACGCCAAGGAGUGGCAUGAACACGCCAAGGAGUGGCAUGAACACGCCAAGGAGUGGCAUGAACACGCCAAGGAGUGGCAUGAACACGCCAAGGAGUGGCAUGAACACGCCAAGGAGUGGCAUGAACACGCCAAGGAGGGGCAUGAACACGCCAAGGAGUGGCAUGAACACGCCAAGGAGUGGCCUGAACACGGCAAGGAGUGGCAUGAACACGGCAAGGAGUGGCAUGAACACGGCAAGGAGUGGCAUGAACACGGCAAGGAGUGGCAUGAACACGGCAAGGAGUGGCAUGAACACGCCAAGGAGUGGCAUGAACACGCCAACGAGUGGCAUGAACACGCCACGGAGUGGCAUGAACACGCCACGGAGUGGCAUGAACACGCCAAGGAGUGGCAUGAACACAGCAAGGAGCGGCAUGAACACGGCAAGGAGCGGCAUGAACACGCCAAGGAGCGGCAUGAACACGCCAAGGAGCGGCAUGAACACGCCAAGGAGCGGCAUGAACACGCCAAGGAGCGGCAUGAACACGCCAAGGAGCGGCAUGAACACGCCAAGGAGCGGCAUGAACACGCCAAGGAGCGGCAUGAACACGGCAAGGAGCGGCAUGAACACGGCAAGGAGCGGCAUGAACACGGCAAGGAGUGGCAUGAACACGGCAAGGAGCGGCAUGAACACGGCAAGGAGCGGCAUGAACACGCCAAGGAGCGGCAUGAACACGCCAAGGAGCGGCAUGAACACGCCAAGGAGCGGCAUGAACACGCCAAGGAGCGGCAUGAACACGCCAAGGAGCGGCAUGAACACGCCAAGGAGCGGCAUGAACACGGCAAGGAGCGGCAUGAACACGGCAAGGAGCGGCAUGAACACGGCAAGGAGGGGCAUGAACACGCCAAGGAGUGGCAUGAACACGCCAAGGAGUGGCAUGAACAUGCCAAGGAGUGGCAUGAACACGCCAAGGAGUGGCAUGAACACGCCAAGGAGUGGCAUGAACACGCCAAGGAGUGGCAUGAACACGCCAAGGAGUGGCAUGAACACGCCAAGGAGUGGCAUGAACACGGCAAGGAGUGGCAUGAACACGCCAAGGAGUGGCAUGAACACGGCAAGGAGUGGCAUGAACACGCCAAGGAGUGGCAUGAACACGCCAAGGAGUGGCAUGAACACGCCAAGGAGUGGCAUGAACACGCCAAGGAGUGGCAUGAACACGCCAAGGAGUGGCAUGAACACGCCAAGGAGUGGCAUGAACACGCCAAGGAGUGGCAUGAACACCCCAAGGAGGGGCAUGAACACGGCAAGGAGGGGCAUGAACACGCCAAGGAGUGGCAUGAACACGCCAAGGAGUGGCAUGAACACGCCAAGGAGUGGCAUGAACACGCCAAGGAGUGGCAUGAACACGCCAAGGAGUGGCAUGAACACGCCAAGGAGUGGCAUGAACACGCCAAGGAGGGGCAUGAACACGCCAAGGAGUGGCAUGAACACGCCAAGGAGUGGCCUGAACACGGCAAGGAGUGGCAUGAACACGGCAAGGAGUGGCAUGAACACGGCAAGGAGUGGCAUGAACACGGCAAGGAGUGGCAUGAACACGGCAAGGAGUGGCAUGAACACGCCAAGGAGUGGCAUGAACACGCCAACGAGUGGCAUGAACACGCCACGGAGUGGCAUGAACACGCCACGGAGUGGCAUGAACACGCCAAGGAGUGGCAUGAACACAGCAAGGAGCGGCAUGAACACGGCAAGGAGCGGCAUGAACACGCCAAGGAGCGGCAUGAACACGCCAAGGAGCGGCAUGAACACGCCAAGGAGCGGCAUGAACACGCCAAGGAGCGGCAUGAACACGCCAAGGAGCGGCAUGAACACGCCAAGGAGCGGCAUGAACACGCCAAGGAGCGGCAUGAACACGGCAAGGAGCGGCAUGAACACGGCAAGGAGCGGCAUGAACACGGCAAGGAGUGGCAUGAACACGGCAAGGAGCGGCAUGAACACGGCAAGGAGCGGCAUGAACACGCCAAGGAGCGGCAUGAACACGCCAAGGAGCGGCAUGAACACGCCAAGGAGCGGCAUGAACACGCCAAGGAGCGGCAUGAACACGCCAAGGAGCGGCAUGAACACGCCAAGGAGCGGCAUGAACACGGCAAGGAGCGGCAUGAACACGGCAAGGAGCGGCAUGAACACGGCAAGGAGCGGCAUGAACACGCCAAGGAGCGGCAUGAACACGCCAAGGAGCGGCAUGAACACGCCAAGGAGCGGCAUGAACACGCCAAGGAGCGGCAUGAACACGCCAAGGAGCGGCAUGAACACGCCAAGGAGCGGCAUGAACACGGCAAGGAGCGGCAUGAACACGGCAAGGAGUGGCAUGAACACGGCAAGGAGUGGCAUGAACACGGCAAGGAGUGGCAUGAACACGCCAAGGAGUGGCAUGAACACGCCAAGGAGUGGCAUGAACACGCCAAGGAGUGGCAUGAACACACCAAGGAGCGGCAUGAACACGUCAAGGAGCGGCAUGAACACACCAAGGAGCGGCAUGAACACGCCAAGGAGCGGCAUGAACACGCCAAGGAGCGGCAUGAACACGCCAAGGAGCGGCAUGAACACGCCAAGGAGCGGCAUGAACACGGCAAGGAGUGGCAUGAACACGGCAAGGAGUGGCAUGAACACGGCAAGGAGUGGCAUGAACACACCAAGGAGUGGCAUGAACACGCCAAGGAGUGGCAUGAACACGCCAACGAGUGGCAUGAACACGCCAAGGAGUGGCAUGAACACGCCAACGAGUGGCAUGAACACGCCAAGGAGUGGCAUGAACACGCCAAGGAGUGGCAUGAACACGCCAAGGAGUGGCAUGAACACGCCAAGGAGUGGCAUGAACACGCCAAGGAGUGGCAUGAACACGCCAAGGAGUGGCAUGAACACGCCAACGAGUGGCAUGAACACGCCAAGGAGUGGCAUGAACACGCCAAGGAGUGGCAUGAACACGCCAAGGAGUGGCAUGAACACGCCAAGGAGUGGCAUGAACACGCCAAGGAGUGGCAUGAACACGCCAAGGAGUGGCAUGAACACGCCAAGGAGUGGCAUGAACACGCCAAGGAGUGGCAUGAACACGCCAAGGAGUGGCAUGAACACCCCAAGGAGGGGCAUGAACACGGCAAGGAGGGGCAUGAACACGCCAAGGAGUGGCAUGAACACGCCAAGGAGUGGCAUGAACAUGCCAAGGAGUGGCAUGAACACGCCAAGGAGUGGCAUGAACACGCCAAGGAGUGGCAUGAACACGCCAAGGAGUGGCAUGAACACGCCAAGGAGUGGCAUGAACACGGCAAGGAGUGGCAUGAACACGCCAAGGAGUGGCAUGAACACGCCAAGGAGUGGCAUAAACACGCCAAGGAGUGGCAUGAACACGCCAAGGAGGGGCAUGAACACGCCAAGGAGUGGCAUGAACACGCCAAGGAGUGGCAUGAACACGGCAAGGAGUGGCAUGAACACGGCAAGGAGUGGCAUGAACACGCCAAGGAGUGGCAUGAACACGCCAAGGAGUGGCAUGAACACGCCAACGAGUGGCAUGAACACGCCAACGAGUGGCAUGAACACGCCAAGGAGUGGCAUGAACACGCCAAGGAGUGGCAUGAACACGCCAACGAGUGGCAUGAACACGCCAAAGAGUGGCAUGAACACGCCAAGGAGUGGCAUGAACACCCCAAGGAGGGGCAUGAACACGGCAAGGAGGGGCAUGAACACGCCAAGGAGUGGCAUGAACACGCCAAGGAGUGGCAUGAACAUGCCAAGGAGUGGCAUGAACACGCCAAGGAGUGGCAUGAACACGGCAAGGAGUGGCAUGAACACGCCAAGGAGUGGCAUGAACACGCCAAGGAGUGGCAUGAACACGCCAAGGAGUGGCAUGAACACGCCAAGGAGUGGCAUGAACACGCCAAGGAGUGGCAUGAACACGCCAAGGAGUGGCAUAAACACGCCAAGGAGUGGCAUGAACACGCCAAGGAGUGGCAUGAACACGCCAAGGAGUGGCAUGAACACGCCAAGGAGUGGCAUGAACACGGCAAGGAGUGGCAUGAACACGGCAAGGAGUCGCAUGAACACGCCAAGGAGUGGCAUGAACACGCCAAGGAGUGGCAUGAACACGCCAAGGAGUGGCAUGAACACGCCAACGAGUGGCAUGAACACGCCAAGGAGUGGCAUGAACACGCCAAGGAGUGGCAUGAACACGCCAAGGAGUGGCAUGAACACGGCAAGGAGUGGCAUGAACACGGCAAGGAGUGGCAUGAACACGGCAAGGAGUGGCAUGAACACGGCAAGGAGUGGCAUGAACACGCCAAGGAGUGGCAUGAACACGCCAAGGAGUGGCAUGAACACGCCAAGGAGUUGCAUGAACACGCCAAGGAGUGGCAUGAACACGCCAAGGAGUGGCAUGAACACGGCAAGGAGUGGCAUGAACACGCCAAGGAGCGGCAUGAACACGCCAAGGAGCGGCAUGAACACGCCAAGGAGCGGCAUGAACACGCCAAGGAGCGGCAUGAACACGCCAAGGAGCGGCAUGAACACGCCAAGGAGCGGCAUGAACACGCCAAGGAGCGGCAUGAACACGCCAAGGAGCGGCAUGAACACGGCAAGGAGUGGCAUGAACACGGCAUGGAGUGGCAUGAACACGCCAAGGAGUGGCAUGAACACGCCAAGGAGUGGCAUGAACACGCCAAGGAGCGGCAUGAACACGCCAAGGAGCGGCAUGAACACGGCAAGGAGCGGCAUGAACACGCCAAGGAGCGGCAUGAACACGCCAAGGAGCGGCAUGAACACGCCAAGGAGCGGCAUGAACACGCCAAGGAGCGGCAUGAACACGCCAAGGAGCGGCAUGAACACGCCAAGGAGCGGCAUGAACACGCCAAGGAGCGGCAUGAACACGCCAAGGAGUGGCAUGAACACGGCAAGGAGUGGCAUGAACACGGCAAGGAGUGGCAUGAACACCCCAAGGAGUGGCAUGAACACGCCAAGGAGUGGCAUGAACACGGCAAGGAGUGGCAUGAACACGCCAACGAGUGGCAUGAACACGGCAAGGAGUGGCAUGAACACGCCAAGGAGUGGCAUGAACACGCCAAGGAGUGGCAUGAACACGCCAAGGAGUGGCAUGAACACGCCAAGGAGUGGCAUGAACACGGCAAGGAGUGGCAUGAACACGGCAAGGAGUCGCAUGAACACGCCAAGGAGUGGCAUGAACACGCCAAGGAGUGGCAUGAACACGCCAAGGAGUGGCAUGAACACGCCAACGAGUGGCAUGAACACGCCAAGGAGUGGCAUGAACACGCCAAGGAGUGGCAUGAACACGCCAAGGAGUGGCAUGAACACGGCAAGGAGUGGCAUGAACACGGCAAGGAGUGGCAUGAACACGGCAAGGAGUGGCAUGAACACGGCAAGGAGUGGCAUGAACACGCCAAGGAGUGGCAUGAACACGCCAAGGAGUGGCAUGAACACGCCAAGGAGUUGCAUGAACACGCCAAGGAGUGGCAUGAACACGCCAAGGAGUGGCAUGAACACGGCAAGGAGUGGCAUGAACACGCCAAGGAGCGGCAUGAACACGCCAAGGAGCGGCAUGAACACGCCAAGGAGCGGCAUGAACACGCCAAGGAGCGGCAUGAACACGCCAAGGAGCGGCAUGAACACGCCAAGGAGCGGCAUGAACACGCCAAGGAGCGGCAUGAACACGCCAAGGAGCGGCAUGAACACGGCAAGGAGUGGCAUGAACACGGCAUCGAGUGGCAUGAACACGCCAAGGAGUGGCAUGAACACGCCAAGGAGUGGCAUGAACACGCCAAGGAGCGGCAUGAACACGCCAAGGAGCGGCAUGAACACGGCAAGGAGCGGCAUGAACACGCCAAGGAGCGGCAUGAACACGCCAAGGAGCGGCAUGAACACGCCAAGGAGCGGCAUGAACACGCCAAGGAGCGGCAUGAACACGCCAAGGAGCGGCAUGAACACGCCAAGGAGCGGCAUGAACACGCCAAGGAGCGGCAUGAACACGCCAAGGAGUGGCAUGAACACGGCAAGGAGUGGCAUGAACACGGCAAGGAGUGGCAUGAACACCCCAAGGAGUGGCAUGAACACGCCAAGGAGUGGCAUGAACACGGCAAGGAGUGGCAUGAACACGCCAACGAGUGGCAUGAACACGGCAAGGAGUGGCAUGAACACGCCAAGGAGUGGCAUGAACACGCCAAGGAGUGGCAUGAACACGCCAAGGAGUGGCAUGAACACGCCAACGAGUGGCAUGAACACGCCAAGGAGUGGCAUGAACACGCCAAGGAGUGGCAUGAACACGCCAACGAGUGGCACGAACACGCCAAAGAGUGGCAUGAACACGCCAAGGAGUGGCAUGAACACCCCAAGGAGGGGCAUGAACACGGCAAGGAGGGGCAUGAACACGCCAAGGAGUGGCAUGAACACGCCAAGGAGUGGCAUGAACACGCCAAGGAGUGGCAUGAACACGCCAAGGAGUGGCAUGAACACGCCAAGGAGUGGCAUGAACACGCCAAGGAGUGGCAUGAACACGCCAAGGAGCGGCAUGAACACGUCAAGGAGCGGCAUGAACACACCAAGGAGCGGCAUGAACACGCCAAGGAGCGGCAUGAACACGCCAAGGAGCGGCAUGAACACGCCAAGGAGCGGCAUGAACACGCCAAGGAGCGGCAUGAACACGCCAAGGAGUGGCAUGAACACGCCAAGGAGUGGCAUGAACACGCCAAGGAGUGGCAUGAACACGCCAAGGAGUGGCAUGAACACGCCAAGGAGUGGCAUGAACACCCCAAGGAGGGGCAUGAACACGGCAAGGAGGGGCAUGAAAACGCCAAGGAGUGGCAUGAACACGCCAAGGAGUGGCAUGAACAUGCCAAGGAGUGGCAUGAACACGCCAAGGAGUGGCAUGAACACGCCAAGGAGUGGCAUGAACACGCCAAGGAGUGGCAUGAACACGCCAACGAGUGGCAUGAACACGCCAAGGAGUGGCAUGAACACGCCAAGGAGUGGCAUGAACACGCCAACGAGUGGCACGAACACGCCAAAGAGUGGCAUGAACACGCCAAGGAGUGGCAUGAACACCCCAAGGAGGGGCAUGAACACGGCAAGGAGGGGCAUGAACACGCCAAGGAGUGGCAUGAACACGCCAAGGAGUGGCAUGAACACGCCAAGGAGUGGCAUGAACACGCCAAGGAGUGGCAUGAACACGCCAAGGAGUGGCAUGAACACGCCAAGGAGUGGCAUGAACACGCCAAGGAGCGGCAUGAACACGUCAAGGAGCGGCAUGAACACACCAAGGAGCGGCAUGAACACGCCAAGGAGCGGCAUGAACACGCCAAGGAGCGGCAUGAACACGCCAAGGAGCGGCAUGAACACGCCAAGGAGCGGCAUGAACACGCCAAGGAGUGGCAUGAACACGCCAAGGAGUGGCAUGAACACGCCAAGGAGUGGCAUGAACACGCCAAGGAGUGGCAUGAACACGCCAAGGAGUGGCAUGAACACCCCAAGGAGGGGCAUGAACACGGCAAGGAGGGGCAUGAAAACGCCAAGGAGUGGCAUGAACACGCCAAGGAGUGGCAUGAACAUGCCAAGGAGUGGCAUGAACACGCCAAGGAGUGGCAUGAACACGCCAAGGAGUGGCAUGAACACGCCAAGGAGUGGCAUGAACACGCCAAGGAGUGGCAUGAACACGCCAAGGAGUGGCAUGAACACGCCAAGGAGUGGCAUGAACACGCCAAGGAGUGGCAUAAACACGCCAAGGAGUGGCAUGAACACGCCAAGGAGGGGCAUGAACACGCCAAGGAGUGGCAUGAACACGCCAAGGAGUGGCAUGAACACGGCAAGGAGUGGCAUGAACACGGCAAGGAGUGGCAUGAACACGGCAAGGAGUGGCAUGAACACGCCAAGGAGUGGCAUGAACACGCCAAGGAGUGGCAUGAACACGCCAACGAGUGGCAUGAACACGCCAAGGAGUGGCAUGAACACGCCAAGGAGUGGCAUGAACACGCCAAGGAGUGGCAUGAACACGCCAACGAGUGGCAUGAACACGCCAAAGAGUGGCAUGAACACGCCAAGGAGUGGCAUGAACACCCCAAGGAGGGGCAUGAACACGGCAAGGAGGGGCAUGAACACGCCAAGGAGUGGCAUGAACACGCCAAGGAGUGGCAUGAACAUGCCAAGGAGUGGCAUGAACACGCCAAGGAGUGGCAUGAACACGGCAAGGAGUGGCAUGAACACGCCAAGGAGUGGCAUGAACACGCCAAGGAGUGGCAUGAACACGCCAAGGAGUGGCAUGAACACGCCAAGGAGUGGCAUGAACACGCCAAGGAGUGGCAUGAACACGCCAAGGAGUGGCAUAAACACGCCAAGGAGUGGCAUGAACACGCCAAGGAGUGGCAUGAACACGCCAAGGAGUGGCAUGAACACGCCAAGGAGUGGCAUGAACACGGCAAGGAGUGGCAUGAACACGGCAAGGAGUCGCAUGAACACGCCAAGGAGUGGCAUGAACACGCCAAGGAGUGGCAUGAACACGCCAAGGAGUGGCAUGAACACGCCAACGAGUGGCAUGAACACGCCAAGGAGUGGCAUGAACACGCCAAGGAGUGGCAUGAACACGCCAAGGAGUGGCAUGAACACGGCAAGGAGUGGCAUGAACACGGCAAGGAGUGGCAGGAACACGGCAAGGAGUGGCAUGAACACGGCAAGGAGUGGCAUGAACACGCCAAGGAGUGGCAUGAACACGCCAAGGAGUGGCAUGAACACGCCAAGGAGUUGCAUGAACACGCCAAGGAGUGGCAUGAACACGCCAAGGAGUGGCAUGAACACGGCAAGGAGUGGCAUGAACACGCCAAGGAGCGGCAUGAACACGCCAAGGAGUGGCAUGAACACGCCAAGGAGUGGCAUGAACACGCCAAGGAGUGGCAUGAACAUGCCAAGGAGUGGCAUGAACACGCCAAGGAGUGGCAUGAACACGGCAAGGAGUGGCAUGAACACGCCAAGGAGUGGCAUGAACACGCCAAGGAGUGGCAUGAACACGCCAAGGAGUGGCAUGAACACGCCAAGGAGUGGCAUGAACACGGCAAGGAGUCGCAUGAACACGCCAAGGAGUGGCAUGAACACGCCAAGGAGUGGCAUGAACACGCCAAGGAGUGGCAUGAACACGCCAACGAGUGGCAUGAACACGCCAAGGAGUGGCAUGAACACGCCAAGGAGUGGCAUGAACACGCCAAGGAGUGGCAUGAACACGGCAAGGAGUGGCAUGAACACGGCAAGGAGUGGCAGGAACACGGCAAGGAGUGGCAUGAACACGGCAAGGAGUGGCAUGAACACGCCAAGGAGUGGCAUGAACACGCCAAGGAGUGGCAUGAACACGCCAAGGAGUUGCAUGAACACGCCAAGGAGUGGCAUGAACACGCCAAGGAGUGGCAUGAACACGGCAAGGAGUGGCAUGAACACGCCAAGGAGCGGCAUGAACACGCCAAGGAGUGGCAUGAACACGCCAAGGAGUGGCAUGAACACGCCAAGGAGUGGCAUGAACAUGCCAAGGAGUGGCAUGAACACGCCAAGGAGUGGCAUGAACACGGCAAGGAGUGGCAUGAACACGCCAAGGAGUGGCAUGAACACGCCAAGGAGUGGCAUGAACACGCCAAGGAGUGGCAUGAACACGCCAAGGAGUGGCAUGAACACGCCAAGGAGUGGCAUGAACACGCCAAGGAGUGGCAUAAACACGCCAAGGAGUGGCAUGAACACGCCAAGGAGUGGCAUGAACACGCCAAGGAGUGGCAUGAACACGCCAAGGAGUGGCAUGAACACGGCAAGGAGUGGCAUGAACACGGCAAGGAGUCGCAUGAACACGCCAAGGAGUGGCAUGAACACGCCAAGGAGUGGCAUGAACACGCCAAGGAGUGGCAUGAACACGCCAACGAGUGGCAUGAACACGCCAAGGAGUGGCAUGAACACGCCAAGGAGUGGCAUGAACACGCCAAGGAGUGGCAUGAACACGGCAAGGAGUGGCAUGAACACGGCAAGGAGUGGCAGGAACACGGCAAGGAGUGGCAUGAACACGGCAAGGAGUGGCAUGAACACGCCAAGGAGUGGCAUGAACACGCCAAGGAGUGGCAUGAACACGCCAAGGAGUGGCAUGAACACGCCAAGGAGUGGCAUGAACACGCCAAGGAGUGGCAUGAACACGCCAAGGAGUGGCAUAAACACGCCAAGGAGUGGCAUGAACACGCCAAGGAGUGGCAUGAACACGCCAAGGAGUGGCAUGAACACGCCAAGGAGUGGCAUGAACACGGCAAGGAGUGGCAUGAACACGGCAAGGAGUCGCAUGAACACGCCAAGGAGUGGCAUGAACACGCCAAGGAGUGGCAUGAACACGCCAAGGAGUGGCAUGAACACGCCAACGAGUGGCAUGAACACGCCAAGGAGUGGCAUGAACACGCCAAGGAGUGGCAUGAACACGCCAAGGAGUGGCAUGAACACGGCAAGGAGUGGCAUGAACACGGCAAGGAGUGGCAGGAACACGGCAAGGAGUGGCAUGAACACGGCAAGGAGUGGCAUGAACACGCCAAGGAGUGGCAUGAACACGCCAAGGAGUGGCAUGAACACGCCAAGGAGUUGCAUGAACACGCCAAGGAGUGGCAUGAACACGCCAAGGAGUGGCAUGAACACGGCAAGGAGUGGCAUGAACACGCCAAGGAGCGGCAUGAACACGCCAAGGAGCGGCAUGAACACGCCAAGGAGCGGCAUGAACACGCCAAGGAGCGGCAUGAACACGCCAAGGAGCGGCAUGAACACGCCAAGGAGCGGCAUGAACACGCCAAGGAGCGGCAUGAACACGCCAAGGAGCGGCAUGAACACGGCAAGGAGUGGCAUGAACACGGCAUGGAGUGGCAUGAACACGCCAAGGAGUGGCAUGAACACGCCAAGGAGUGGCAUGAACACGCCAAGGAGCGGCAUGAACACGCCAAGGAGCGGCAUGAACACGGCAAGGAGCGGCAUGAACACGCCAAGGAGCGGCAUGAACACGCCAAGGAGCGGCAUGAACACGCCAAGGAGCGGCAUGAACACGCCAAGGAGCGGCAUGAACACGCCAAGGAGCGGCAUGAACACGCCAAGGAGCGGCAUGAACACGCCAAGGAGCGGCAUGAACACGCCAAGGAGUGGCAUGAACACGGCAAGGAGUGGCAUGAACACGGCAAGGAGUGGCAUGAACACCCCAAGGAGUGGCAUGAACACGCCAAGGAGUGGCAUGAACACGGCAAGGAGUGGCAUGAACACGCCAACGAGUGGCAUGAACACGGCAAGGAGUGGCAUGAACACGCCAAGGAGUGGCAUGAACACGCCAAGGAGUGGCAUGAACACGCCAAGGAGUGGCAUGAACACGCCAAGGAGUGGCAUGAACACGCCAACGAGUGGCAUGAACACGCCAAGGAGUGGCAUGAACACGCCAAGGAGUGGCAUGAACACGCCAAGGAGCGGCAUGAACACGCCAAGGAGCGGCAUGAACACGCCAAGGAGCGGCAUGAACACGCCAAGGAGCGGCAUGAACACGCCAAGGAGCGGCAUGAACACGCCAAGGAGCGGCAUGAACACGCCAAGGAGCGGCAUGAACACGCCAAGGAGCGGCAUGAACACGGCAAGGAGUGGCAUGAACACGGCAUGGAGUGGCAUGAACACGCCAAGGAGUGGCAUGAACACGCCAAGGAGUGGCAUGAACACGCCAAGGAGCGGCAUGAACACGCCAAGGAGCGGCAUGAACACGGCAAGGAGCGGCAUGAACACGCCAAGGAGCGGCAUGAACACGCCAAGGAGCGGCAUGAACACGCCAAGGAGCGGCAUGAACACGCCAAGGAGCGGCAUGAACACGCCAAGGAGCGGCAUGAACACGCCAAGGAGCGGCAUGAACACGCCAAGGAGCGGCAUGAACACGCCAAGGAGUGGCAUGAACACGGCAAGGAGUGGCAUGAACACGGCAAGGAGUGGCAUGAACACCCAAGGAGUGGCAUGAACACGCCAAGGAGUGGCAUGAACACGGCAAGGAGUGGCAUGAACACGCCAACGAGUGGCAUGAACACGGCAAGGAGUGGCAUGAACACGCCAAGGAGUGGCAUGAACACGCCAAGGAGUGGCAUGAACACGCCAAGGAGUGGCAUGAACACGCCAACGAGUGGCAUGAACACGCCAAGGAGUGGCAUGAACACGCCAAGGAGUGGCAUGAACACGCCAACGAGUGGCAUGAACACGCCAAAGAGUGGCAUGAACACGCCAAGGAGUGGCAUGAACACCCCAAGGAGGGGCAUGAACACGGCAAGGAGGGGCAUGAACACGCCAAGGAGUGGCAUGAACACGCCAAGGAGUGGCAUGAACACGCCAAGGAGUGGCAUGAACACGCCAAGGAGUGGCAUGAACACGCCAAGGAGUGGCAUGAACACGCCAAGGAGUGGCAUGAACACGCCAAGGAGUGGCAUGAACACGCCAAGGAGUGGCAUGAACACGCCAAGGAGUGGCAUGAACACGGCAAGGAGUGGCAUGAACACGCCAACGAGUGACAUGAACACGCCAAGGAGUGGCAUGAACACGCCAAGGAGUGGCAUGAACACGCCAAGGAGUGGCAUGAACACGCCAAGGAGUGGCAUGAACAUGGCAAGGAGUGGCAUGAACACGCCAAGGAGCGGCAUGAACACGCCAAGGAGGGGCAUGAACACGCCAAGGAGUGGCAUGAAGACGCCAAGGAGUGGCAUGAACACGCCAAGGAGUGGCAUGAACACGCCAAGGAGUGGCAUGAACACGGCAAGGAGCGGCAUGAACACGCCAAGGAGUGGCAUGAACACGCCAAGGAGUGGCAUGAACACGCCAAGGAGGGGCAUGAACACGGCAAGGAGUGGCAUGAACAGUUGGUGGCGAGCCGCUGCCCUUGCUGCUCCUGCUGGCCGUGGCGAGCCGCUGCCCGUCCAGGGAGAGAUCGGUUGA